ACGGGUGCAAAAUCCAUAGCGGGCGAUGAGCGAGAUGACACGCGGAGCGCAAAACCUGUGGAGAUUUAAAUGCGCGCGGACCGUCACGCCACAGGACAAUCCUUGACUCAACAGCAGUGAUAUGCCACAAACUAGCGGUUUUUGGUUUUCGAUUGUUGGCUAAGAAAGGGUAAUCUAAACUAAAGUCUUAGGUCUACUGGAACAGCAGUACAAUGAAUAAACUUAGUCCUUUCAGUAAUCUUGCCAAGUUUAUCUCAAAGUCGUCUGAUAAUGGGCCAGUCAGUGUGGAGAAGCUCUGCAUGGAAGACUGCAAACCUCUGUGCCGCUGCGGGCCGGACCUUUGCGUUUGUACUGUCUCACAAAAUAGUAAAGAUGGACCGAAGGAAUAUAAGGAGAAAGGAAGUCCACAGGAGGGCUGGACCCCUGAAAAACAUGCUUUUGAUAAUCUUGGUUAUGAAUCAGAGGGCCCCAAUGGACUGAAGCGCAAUUUGGGCCGCCAAUUGGUGGUUGAGGAGACUGAGGUGAAGAUCCGGGUGCUGGGAAUGACAUGUCAAUCAUGUGUCCGAUCUAUUGAAGAGCGGAUUGGAAGUCUUCAAGGUGUUGUUGGUGUCCAGGUGUCUUUGAGCGAUAAAGAAGCCUCUUUGACGUUUAACCCGGCAAUGGUUACAGCUGAGGAUUUGAGAAAACAUAUUGAGGAUAUGGGGUUUGAUGCGUCACUUCUGGCCUUGCCAAGCCAACUACAGCCUUCGGUGACUGAUUGGUCUGAGGUGACAUUAGGCGUUGAAGGGAUGCAUUGCGGGUCAUGUGUGAAGAACAUAACAGACACCUUGUCGGGAAUGUUAGGAGUAAACUCUGUAUUCGUUUCAUUGGAAAAAGGAAGUGUGGACCUUAGAUUUGACCCAUCUCUGCUGACCCUGGAGAGUGUUAAAGGGUUCUUAGAGGAGAUUCCACCAGGGAAUUUUAGGGUUUCUAUUCCUGGUUGGAACUCUAGAUUGAAUUCCACCAGUAUUCCACUCCAGAGUGUCACCAUUGGAAUAGAAGGAAUGACAUGCGACUCUUGUGUUCAAACCAUAGAGGGAAUUGUGUCUCAGAGAGCUGGGGUACACUCCAUAAAAGUUUGCUUACAGGAAAAGAAGGGAAUUGCAACAUUUGACUCCAGCGUGACCUGUCCAGAAGAACUGCGGGCAGCAAUUGAGGACAUGGGAUUUGAAGCGUGGCUGGAUCAAGAUUCUGGGGUUUGUGAAGUUCCAUCAAGCAGUCAGAUGUCAAGUGGUCUGAAACGUCUGCCCUCACAAGGCCGUACAUCCAAAUCUUCACCAAGUGAAAUCACCAAAGACAACCUCUGUGGCUCAGAGGAGAGAGAGACACGGAAAUGUUUUGUUCAUGUGACAGGGAUGACCUGUGCGUCCUGUGUGGCCAACAUUGAGAGAAACCUGUUGAAACAUGAAGGUAUUAAAUCAGUAUUAGUCGCCCUGAUGGGUGGAAAGGCAGAGGUGAAGUAUGAUCCCGGGCUUUUGGACCCAGCACAGAUCGUCCAACUUAUCUCUCGCUUAGGGUUUGGUGCCUCAGUGAUGGAAGAGAAUACAGUCCAGGACGGUGUCUUGGAUCUCUCUGUCACCGGUAUGACAUGCGCUUCCUGUGUCCAUAACAUCGAGAGCAGACUUUUAAGGACAAAGGGAAUACUCGAAGCCUCUGUUGCUUUGGCGACAAACAAAGCUCAUGUGAAGUUUGACUCGGAUUUGGUAGGCUCUCGAGAUAUCGUCCGAAUUAUUGAGGGUUUGGGUUUUGGUGUGUCUUUAAUAAAAAACGAGGGACUGAACAACACACUGGACCACCAGGAGGAAAUUCGGCAAUGGAAGCAUUCGUUUCUAUUCAGCCUGGUGUUUGGGAUCCCAGUGAUGGGUCUGAUGAUCUACAUGAUGGUGAUGGACAGUCAACACAAGGAGCAUGGUGGUUCCAUGCCUGUGGACCAGAACAUCCUACCUGGUCUCUCCAUCCUUAACUUGGCCUUCUUCCUGCUCUGCACACCUGUUCAGUUUCUAGGUGGCCGUUACUUCUACAUACAAGCAUACCGUUCACUAAGACAUGGUGUAGCCAACAUGGACGUGCUCAUUGUCUUAGCAACCACCAUUGCGUAUGUGUAUUCAUUCAUUGUGCUGAUCGUGGCCAUGAUUGAAGGAGCCAAACAGAGUCCUCUGACAUUCUUUGAUACACCUCCGAUGCUUUUUGUGUUCAUCGCUCUAGGACGCUGGCUGGAGCAUGUUGCUAAGAGUAAAACUUCUGAGGCUCUGGCUAAACUCAUGUCACUUCAGGCCACAGAUGCCACUAUAGUGUCCAUGGGUCGAGACAACACCAUCAUCAGAGAAGAGCAGGUAUCUGUGGAGCUGGUGCAGAGAGGCGACGUGGUAAAGGUGGCACCAGGGGGGAAGUUCCCUGUUGACGGGAAGGUCAUUGCAGGCACGUCUAUGGCAGACGAGUCCCUUAUCACUGGCGAGCCAAUGCCGGUCAUUAAGAAACCAGGCAGUUGUGUAAUUGCAGGCUCUAUUAACGCUCAUGGAGCUCUGCUUGUGGAAGCCACACAUGUAGGGGCAGAGACCACGCUCAGCCAGAUAGUCAAACUAGUGGAAGAGGCCCAGACAUCAAAGGCACCGAUUCAACAGUUAGCUGACAGACUGAGUAGCUAUUUCGUUCCGUUCAUAGUGGUCAUCUCUGUGCUAACAGUGGUAGCAUGGCUCAUCAUUGGCUUUCUGGACUUUGACGUUGUGGCAAAGUAUUUCCCUGGUUAUGAGCAAAACAUCUCCCGAACAGAGGUGAUCGUCCGCUUUGCCUUCCAGGCCUCCAUCACAGUUCUGUCCAUUGCGUGCCCCUGCUCUCUGGGUCUGGCAACCCCCACUGCUGUUAUGGUGGGCACAGGGGUGGGCGCUCAGAAUGGCAUUCUCAUAAAGGGAGGAGAACCCCUAGAGAUGGCCCACAAGGUUGGGGCUGUUAUGUUUGAUAAGACGGGCACCAUCACUAAUGGUGUGCCGCAGGUGACCCGAGUGCUGGUUCUGUGGGACCGAGCAAGGCUUCCUCUUCGGAAGGUUCUGGCUGUGGUGGGCACCGCCGAGGCCAGCAGUGAACAUCCGCUGGGCAUGGCUGUCGCAAAGCAUUGCAAAGAGGAGUUAGGAACAGAAACUCUGGGCUCCUGCCAUGACUUCCAGGCUGUUCCAGGCUGUGGAAUCAGUUGUAAAGUCUCCAACAUAGAGGAUCUGCUGCAGAACAGCCCAAAGACACAAGAAACAAACACACCCGCAGCAAAGCAAACACCACUUCUCGUCACCCUCCAAGGAGCCACCACAGAUGAGAGCAGCUUAGUGGCAGACACAGAUUCAGGGUCAGAUAGCCCCUCAUACUCUGUGUUGAUCGGGAACAGACAGUGGAUGUUACGGAAUGGUUUGGAGGUCACAACUGAUGUGGAUGACGCCAUGAGCAGCCAUGAGACUAAAGGACAGACGGCCAUACUUGUGGCCAUUGAUGGUGUCCUGUGUGCUAUGUUAGCUGUGGCAGACACUGUGAAGCCAGAGUCGGCUCUAGCUGUUCACACCCUGAGCAGUAUGGGAAUAGAGGUCUUCAUGAUCACAGGAGACAACAGACGCACAGCCCGGGCCAUCGCCACACAGGUAGGCAUCAGGAAGGUGUUUGCAGAAGUCUUGCCCUCCCAUAAAGUGGCGAAGGUCCAGGAAUUGCAGGAAAGAGGUCUGAAAGUUGCAAUGGUGGGCGAUGGGGUGAAUGACUCGCCCGCUCUUGCCCAUGCUGAUCUAGGCAUCGCCAUAGGAACAGGCACUGAUGUUGCCAUUGAGGCAGCAGAUAUUGUCCUUAUACGGAAUGAUCUGCUGGAUGUAGUGGCCAGUAUCGAGUUGUCUAAAAAGACGGUGCAGAGAAUCCGGAUAAACUUUGUGUUUGCUCUCAUUUAUAACUUACUUGGCAUCCCUAUUGCAGCAGGUGUGUUCAUGCCUGUGGGGCUGGUGCUGCAGCCGUGGAUGGGCUCUGCUGCAAUGGCAGCUUCAUCUGUCUCGGUGGUGCUCUCCUCUCUACUGCUGCGACUCUACAAGAAGACAUCAGUAGAGGAGUACGAGUCCAGAGCUCAGAGUCAUAAGCUCAGUCUGAGUCCAUCUCAGGUCAGCACCCACGUAGGAAUGGAAAACCACCGCUGUAGCCCUCUUUCAUUCCGCCGAAGUUUCGACAGACACAGACGGAGCCAUUCAGGAUCAGGCCCCUCCUUCAUGAAAUCAAACUCCUCCCACACCUCCACAACACAACACAGCACUAUAGGAAGAAGCAUUGUGUAAAGCAACUAGUCAUGAGUAGACUUUAUCAGAUGACAGUUGCCUGGAAAUAUUUUAUCAUGGAACGACAUAUAAAUAUACAAUUUUAUAAAUGAAAAUUUUGUAUAAUUUUACAAUUACAGAUUUUUGAUAUUGUUGCUGCAAUUACUGUUUUUUGCAGAUGAAAUAUAGUUAUUUUAAUAGGAAUCAGGCGCAAGCAUGCUGAUUUUGCAACAGGUUCGAGUUGAUUCACCAUGAUUUUUGCUACCACCAAUUUUACCCUUUUUAAUUUAAAUCACAUAUUAAAAAAGAAUGCGUUGACUCAAUAAAAAAAAAAAAAAAAAUCAACGCAACAGUUUGCAUCAUUUUUUUUAGUUAUGACAACUCUGAAUAAAAUGAUGUUUAACCAAUAAACUACACUGAGUUAGAGGAACUUAAAAAUUUGUAGCAUAAACACAUUUUUUUAAGUUGAUUACUCAAAGAAAAUCCCCAUCCAGUUACUUGAGUUGUAGUCCUGGAACCAAUUAAUGUUAUCUCUUUCAUUUAAAAUCCACUGCUAUCAUGGCACAUGCUAAAUGUAACUUAUCUAGCAUGUCAUUUUAAUGAACAAGUAAGAUAUUACUUGUCACUGGCAUUAACACAUUGUUUAUAGAGUCAAUGUAGUUUAUGUAUCUACUCUUCAGCACAAUGGUAACCACAAAAACUUCAACAUAACAGAAACUCUUUUAAAUGUUAAACAUAACAGCAUUAAAGGGGUGGUAUAAUGCCAUUUUUACAAGAUCUUAUAAGUCUCCGAUGUCCCCAGAGUGUGUAUGUGAAGUUAUAGCUCAAAAUACCCUACAGAUCAUUUUUUAUAGCAUGUCAACUUUUUGAGGGUGAGCAAAAAUGCUUCGUUUUUGUGUGUGUCCCUUUAAAUGCAAAUGAGCUGCUGCUCUCAAAAUGGGGCAGUUUAAGAAGCUCCUGUUAGCACUUAGCAGCGCCUCACAUUACCUCACACAGACUCACUGAAAAUGUCAGAAACUGUUCAGCCUUUUAUGUUCAAAACGGAGUCAGAGACUCAAGAAGAAGUGACGACAUUUUGAAUGCAACAGGACGUUUCUGAACGGUUAAUUGAUGAAUUUAUGUAGCUGAUGUGGAGUUAGCAUAUUCUGUUAUGAUAAUCUAUAAAUCACUCGUGUGGGAACUGUUGUAAGAUCCUACAAAGCCAGAGAAUAUAUGCUGCAUGAAGAUAGAACAGGUAUAGUUUAGUUUAAUUACGGUUAUAACUUGUCAUUUUGUCAUCUUGCUUUUAUGACAUGCUAUUGCAUUUGUGUUACGUACUGUAAUGCAGUAAAAUGGCCUCACCCCUUUGUUGCUUGUUCUCGGGGGUGGAAUUUAUGUAAAUUUUAGGGUUAGUGAUGUCACCAACCCGGGAAGAAGCUUGUUGUAGUCCCUACCAGCCGUUUGUUGUAGUCCUUAAAAAGAAUUCUUUAAAAGAAAAUAUCUCCCUUUGCAUUGAACUUUCAGCGCUGUAACUUUGCAGAUACUGUUUAUGCUCAAACAGCAACAUUACACACUAACUGAAGUUAAAAAAGUGAAAUCGCAAUGAACCACCCCUUUAAACACUAACAUGUCUUUCCCUUCACUAAAAAAAACAAACAAACAAAAAUAACAAUUUCACCAUUUAUUUUCCUUAUCCAGUCCUAUGCAAAGCAUGCUGGGAACUAAAACUCCACUGCCCAAUAUCCAAAGUUAUCAAGACAAUUUCAUUAAGUUACUACAACUUAAUAAAAUAAUAACAAUAAAAUUUGAGUUGAAAUUACACACAAUAUUAAGUUAAUGUAAUGAGCAAAAUUAUUAUAUAAACAGAACCAGUUUACUGUUGUACUAAAAAAUACUUAUCGCUUGUUUUCUUUAAAAUAACCUUACUUUUUUUAUACUUCUAAUGGCAGAAGGUAGAAGCCAGUUUCCAAUAAUGAAUACAGUAAGCACCCUUACAUUGGUAAAAUUGUGGGAACAAUUUCUAACAGCAUAUAUUGUCUUACUAGAUCAGAUUAUUUAACAUUGCUCUCUGGUGGUUUGGUUUGGUUUGGAUUGGAUUGAUGGAUAUGGCGAAAUGGAUUGAUGGAUUGAUCUGUUUGUACAGUACAAGGUUGAUUUGGCAUUGCUUGGCCAAAAGGUGUCAGUAAUGUUGAACAGUUGACAAAUGGAAAGGAUAUGGCUGGAUUGUGACUAGCACCACCUGGUAAAACAACUUGAUAAGCAUUGUUUUUAGAAAUUGAUUGACUUUGAUUUGAUUGGAUACUUUAACAUAUUUAAAGUUUACUAUGAUUAAAUGGCAUAUUACAGUGUCAAAGCAAUGAUAAAUGAUCCACAGUUUAGCCCACGUUGACUGCUGCUGUGCUCACCACGCGAGGAGCUUUUGAAACAGUGACCCAAGUAUUAAAUAAGUGGUCCAAGCGAUAGUAAAAAAAAAAAAAUAAAAAAAUAACUGUAGUUAGUAUGUUAAACAUUCAGUUGAAGGCAUGUUUAAAUGCAUGUUCUCUCAAUGAGUUGUACAAUUAUCUGACAUUUUGUGUCCAGAUUACAUAUGUAUCAUAAUGUACAGGAACCUUUACAGUGACACUUUUAUUUUAGAAAAAGUGGAUAUGUUUAUUAAAUAUACAGUUAGCAGUGUAAAACGAGCCAGUCCAUGAGUUUUCAGAUACAAAAUAAAGUGCAUGGUCCCAGCAUGGCCUUAUAUGUGCUAUAUGUAAUUUGUGUUACAUUAUUACAAUACAAGACAGUUUUCAUCCCCGUCCUGUUUCAUUCAUCCACCAGCAGUACAAUCACAUGGCUAAAUAUGCAGUAAUGCAGCACAUAAUGACUCAACAUGGUUGUCAAAAAUACAAAGUACAUACUAUUUGUAAAAGUGAAAAGUUCACAUUUCUGGCCCAGUGUUAUUAUAUGGGGCUACUGGAUUACUGGUUUAAGCAUGCUGCUCAGAUUCUCAAAUUUAGCCAGAUUGCUUGGAGUAUUGCAUAGCUCCUUAUGGAAAGAGGGGUCAUCAUGAGCAAUUAAAUGUUCAUUUAUUUUAAAUAAAAUGUCAGUUGUACUAUUAAAACAUACUGUAACCUUCAGAACCAAUUAAUUAUAAGAGUAAAAAAGAGGAAAAUAGUCAUGUUAAACCUCAGGGGACAAAAUAUU